AUGCAAAUUUUAUGUAAUAUCAAUUUUGCCAUAUAUAAAUCGUCUGUAACUCCUCCAUCAUUCAUUUUGGAACAUUCGCUGAUGGGAGGUGGUUGGAUGGGUGAGCUGGGAGAUUGGGAUAGGUUAGGAGGUGCUAUUGGAGUGUUUAUCGGUUGGUACUGGGGUUUAUUGGGGAGGUCCAUUGACCGUGAAGAAAGAUUCUUGAAAGAGACUGAAAGUGCGUUCGGUCGAAGGGGGAGAGGUGAAUCACCGGGUGACUUAGAGAGAUGGACAGAGAGGAUUACAAGGAGAAGGAUUCGAGAUGUGGGACAAAGAAGAAAACGAAAGAGAGUUCCGGAGAUCGAGGAGGAUUCGGAAAGUGGAAUGAAAUUAAUUCGGGAAAUGGAUCAAGGGAACAAUAAUUUAAGACAAGAGAAUAUGUUGAAUUGUAUAAAAAUUCAACAGGCUAAAAUAGAAAAUUUCAAACAACGUGUGACGGAAUAUCGAACAAUGCUGAAGUGUGUACGAUCGUUGCACUCGGCAGAAAAUAUGAAGAAUCGUAGAAAGCGCCGAAUGAUGAAGCAAAAAUGUGAACGGUACAUGAAGGAAAUUGCUGAGAAGCAAAAAAUGAAUGACAUUCUUCAAGAGAAUUUUCGCAUGUUAGAGCAACAGCUUAGCAAUUGUCUUCGACAAUUAUUUGAACUACAAGCGGAAAGUGGACGUGAACGAAAAAAUAUGACUCAUUUGGAAGAAAUUUUAGAGCAACUGAAGGAUAUAUUGAUGCAGACCAGAGGAGAAGUUGCAAAAAAGAAUCGUAUUUGCAAUGUUACUUUAAAGAAUGCUUUACAAGCAAAACGUGCUACUGAGGAAAAGCUUCGAGAAGCAUUGAUGAAACAUGAAAUGGAAGUGAAGCGUUCUAUUGAAUUGGAAGAAAGCAUGAAGAUGCUAAAAUCAACAAUUAAUCAAUUGAAAUUGGAAUUGGAGCAGAAAGAACAAUCAUGCAACGAUUCUAAAAUACGAAUAGCGAUGCAUAACGAAACAGCAUCUUUGGUACAUCAACAAAUUUAUGAAGCAAACAAAAAAGCUGUUGAGCUUGCAAACGAAAAUGAAAAAUUACAUUCGCAAUUUGCAAAUGCUUGUUUAGAGCUGAUUGAUUCUCGAAAAGCUCAUAAUAGAAUGAUAACAGAAAUGAAUGAAAUUAAAUCCAAAAACAGUAAACAUCGUGAAGAAUUGCAAAAGCUGAAACAAAUAGUUGAGAUUGAAAUGGCAUCAUUAAUUCGAACAGUUGAAGAAAAUCAGAUGCACAUCAAUGAGAAGGGAAAUGCGAUUAAUUCACUAACUCAUGAAAAUUUAGUAAAUAAACAGCGAAUUCAGGAAUUGGAAAAAAUUAAGAAAGAAUUGGAAGAAGAAAUUGAGCGUACCGGUAUAGUGCUUCUAUUUCAACAUCAAGAAUUGGAAGUGUAUGAGACAAAUCGAAGAAUGCAAAGUCGAAAAAAUAAUUUGCUGAAUAACGAAUUGAUCGAAAAUGCGGUACGAUUGCUAAAAAGUAAAACUGAACAAUUUCAGCAUGUUAUGCAUCAUUCCAUUAAUAGUAUUGUCGGAUUUCGUAAUCAAAUGACAUAUAUGCUUGAGAAUAUCGAUGUAACUUUAUAUGGAGAAACGAGUAAUGAAGCUGGUUUUUCGGAACCAGCUAAUCAGUAUUAUUACAAUCAGCAGAAUGUUGCGAUUAAUGACGGUCACGAUGAUGAUAAUAAUAACGAUCAGGCACGGUAA